UCUGUUUUGGCGCGCGAAUCGAACGGUUUUCCAUCUGAACCUCCCUUCUUUAGGCUUAACCUCCGGUGGCGUUAAACUUAUGGUUGUUUAUUAGCUGGGAAAAUUACUCAGGGCAAAUCUUGCGAAAUAACCGUUAUUUGUACAGGAAAUUGUGAUCUUCAAACGAUUCUUCUAAAGAAAAAAAUCCGAAACCCGUGGCCCUAAUGCCUAGAUGACGUCGCAAAUCUACUAGCUAGCCGAUUCGAUCUAGAUAGGCCGCAAUAAACCGACCAUAACUCGGUGCUGGCUUCUGGAUAAUUGUUCCGCAAGUCGCGAAUCGAGUCACCCCUACGCGAGGCAACCACCCGGAACUCUGGAACUGGAGGGCGGAAUCUGUAACGAACCGUGUAAUCACCACCAUGGAUCUCCCGAUAAUGUCCCAGGUGGAAUCGAUAGCAAAUCGGUUCCACUCGUCACUGAAGUCUUCGACAGUCGGGAUCGAGCCGGCAGUUGAACCGGAUCUGGUCAAGCCCACCCCGGUGAGCAAAGUUGAUUUCAACAACAACACCGUCAAAAGUGUUGCAAUGGAACCUCCUAGCGUGCGCCAGGAAAAGGAGGAAGAGUUUCAGUGGGGUCACCAUUUCGAAAUACGACCCUUCUACGAUGGGAAGAAUAUUUUCGUGACCGGUGGGACCGGAUUUUUGGGCAAGGUCCUGAUCGAAAAGCUUUUGCGGAGCUGUGAUGGGGUUAAGAAAAUCUACGUUUUGCUUCGUCCUAAACGUGGGCUCACCAGUGAGCAGCGGUAUCGGGAAUUUGUGAAACAUCCGGUUUUCGAUAAGUUGCGAGCGACGAUGCCAACAGUGCUCGACAAAAUGGUCUACAUCGGGGGAGAUAUAACCCAGCCCUCGUUGGGACUCUCGGAGAAGGAUCGACAGUUGCUGCUGGAGACGGUUAACAUCGUGUUCCACGUGGCCGCCACCGUUCGAUUUAAUGAGGGACUGAAGGAGGCCGCGGUGCUCAACGCCAUCGGGACCCAGCGGAUGUUGGAUUUGUGCGUUAAAAUGUUUAAUUUGCAGAGCGUCGUCCACGUCUCGACCGCCUACAGUAACCCCUGCAGGAAGGUAGUCGACGAAGUGGUCUACGAACCAACGAUGAAUGCCGACUCGUUCAUCCAGUGCGUCAACGUCCUGCCGGCGGACAUCAUCAACACCCUGGCGGACAAGCUUCAGGGCGAUCACCCGAAUACUUAUACUUUGACAAAAUCCAUUGCCGAACAGUUGGUUUCGGAGUAUAGUUCGCAGCUACCGAUUUGUAUUGUGAGACCAUCGAUUGUAACCGGAGCCUGGAAGGAACCCUACCCUGGAUGGGUCGAUAAUGUCUACGGUAUCACGGGAAUCAUGAUGGAAAUUGGACGCGGAACUAUCAGCAGUAUCAUGUGCGACCAGAAGUGUGUGAUGGAUGUCAUUCCGGUGGACAUCGUCUGCAAUACGUUGAUUGCUGCAGCCUGGGAAAAUGCCAUGACUAUGUCCAAUCCAAUUCGAGUGUACAACUGCACCUCCGGCUCGGUGAAUCCUAUCAAGUGGUACAGAUACGGCGAAAUCACCACCGAGUGUGCCAUCAAGAACCCCACAAAGUACGUGAUGCUCUAUCCCUGGUUCCAGUACCGAACAAAUCGCCUAAUGCACAAGAUUGUCGAGGUGUUCCUGCACUUCCUGCCGGCUUACGUGUUCGAUGUUCUGAUGCGGCUCCAGGGAUCCAAACCGAUCAUGGCCAAAAUUGCGAAGCGCUUCCAGAAGGCUGCCGACACCGGGGAGUUCUUUGCGAUGCACGAGUGGAACUUUCAAAUUCCGAAUCUUAAACGCCUGACUCGGAAAGUUCGGCUAGCUAAAGAUGGGAUGGAAUUCAACGUGGAUAUCGCCAACCUUAGCUGGGAUCGGUACAUCGAGAACUACAUGUUGGGCAUUAGAAAGUUUGUUCUCAAGGACGACUUGGACAGCAUGGAACAGGCCAGGAGUAAGGUGCAGAAGCUCUUCUGGUUCAGGACGUUCGUCCAGAUUGCGAUAGUUCUUUUGUUAGGGUACUUCUUCCUGAAAAUAUUUUUCUAACCGUGGGGUAAGGGAUAUCAUCAUCUAGAACUAAGAACAACAGAGAUCAUAUUUAAGCUAAGUCAGUUCUACGCUGUUUAGAACGUCUUGAUUUAUUAUGCGAAUUUAGAUCUGCGCAACCGCAUUGCGCAACCUGACAAUACUUUAAGGGAGAGAACAAUUGCAACGCGCAUUCGAACAACUUUUGUACACGGUAAAUUUCAUUAAUCAUAGGUAAUAAAGCUUAUGUUUAGCAACUCUACUGUUAUCGUUCCUUAACUUUGCGAAGGAUUUUGGGUCAUCUAACUUUGCCGAU